AAAGGAAAAAAGAAGAAAUCCCUCAUUGGCGGAAGUGACGAAAAACACGGAAGUUGCCUUUUAGCGCCAAAUCUUGAGCCGCUGCAACAAACACAAACAUGGAUUUACCUCGAAAAAUAAAGGCUAAAGUGACGGCUGGUUUCAAGAUGAGGGGACUUAUACUUCGACCUGAAGCCAGUCGGUAUCUUGCUGAAGUCCUGGAAUCAGUCAAUGUCUCUGAACUUGAGGAUGUCAUUGAGAAGGUGCUGGAUUCGGUGGAGAAGCAGCCGUUGUCCUCGAAUAUGAUCGAGCUGGCUGUGGUAGAAAGUGCUGUACAGGACUGCACCCAGUCAUGUGAUGAAACCAUUGACAAUAUUUUUAACAUCAUUGGAGCCUUUGACGUGCCCAGAUACAUUUACAGCGUGGAGAGAAAGAAAUUUCUACCCAUCAAUAUGACCGGUCAUCCAGCUCCCAGUCUGUGUGGUUCUGCCAAAGACAAAGCGGAACUUUUCAGGGAGCGCUAUACAAUCUUACAGCAGCGCACACACCGUCAUGAGCUCUUCACCCCACCAGCAAUUGGAGCUGCUGUUGAAGAGGGUCAAAAUAAAUUUCAGCUCAAGACAAUUGAAGCGUUGCUCGGGAGCACAUCUAAGCUUGGGGAGGUGAUCGUACUCGGGAUGAUCACACAACUUAAAGAGGGUAAAUUUUACCUCGAAGAUCCAAGUGGAACCGUACAGCUGGAUUUGUCCAAGGCACAGUUCCAUAAUGGCCUCUAUACAGAGUCCUGCUUUGUUUUGGCAGAAGGGUGGUACGAGGAUUCUGUUCUUCAUGUCAAUGGCUUUGGUUUCCCCCCAACAGAGCCGUCAUCGGCGACCAGGUCGUACUACGGCAACAUAAACUUCUUUGGCGGUCCAUCGUCCACGUCCGUCAAGGCUUCCUCCAAGCUCAAGCAGCUGGAGGAAGAGAACGAAGAUGCCAUGUUUGUGAUCGUCUCUGACGUCUGGCUGGACAGCGUAGAAGUGAUGGAAAAGCUCAACAUCAUGUUUUCAGGAUAUGCUGCAAUGCCUCCUACCUGCUUCAUUUUGUGUGGAAACUUCUCUUCGGCCCCAUAUGGAAAAACACAGAAUAGAUCGCUGAAAGAAUCCCUGAAAGCCCUGGCUGACAUGAUCUGUACAUAUCCCAGCAUUCACAGCAGUAGUCGCUUCGUGUUCGUUCCGGGUCCUGAGGACCCCGGUCCAGCAAACAUCCUGCCGAGGCCCCCCCUGGUACAAAACAUCACAGAGGAGUUCAGUGAGAGAGUGCCAUUCUCAGUUUUUACCACCAACCCAUGCAGGAUCCAGUACUGCAGCCAGGAGAUCCUAGUGAUCAGAGAGGAUCUUGUUAACAAGAUGUGCAGGAAUUGCAUCAGGUUACCCAACAGUAACCUUGACAUCCCAAACCAUUUUGUUAAGACGAUCCUGUCUCAGGGUCAUUUGACUCCGCUGCCUUUGUACGUCAGUCCUGUGUUCUGGGCCUAUGACUACUCCCUGCGCGUCUACCCGGUGCCUGAUGUCGUUGUCUUUGCAGACAAGUACGACCCCUUCACCAUCACCAACACUGACUGCCUCAGUGUCAACCCGGGCUCAUUCCCUAAAAGCGGCUUCACAUUCAAGGUGUAUUACCCGUCCAACAAAACUGUAGAGGACAGUAAACUCCAAGGACUCUAAAGAAAAAGAAGAGUUUACCUGGCUUACUGUUGUGUGCAUAACUCUGUAGAUACUUUUAGAUGAUUUGUAAUCAAAAGAUUUUAAUGUUUUUUUCUUUGUUCUGUCAUGAAUAAUAAAGUUUUAUUACUUUUGGUGAA